GAAGAGUCCAGUGAAGUCCAGCUGACAGAGAAACAGGAUUUGCUCGUGUGCUGGUCGUGUCAGGUGGACUGUAGGUCUGUAAAGAGCUCUGCAGAAGUCCUGAGGUGGUGUAGUUUGUGAGUAGUUGACAGAUCGGUCAGUAGAGCGGGUUGUAAGAGUGGUCAUAUCUGCAGUCGUGCUGUCUCUGUAUGUAGUGAGGAGGCUCUGUAACUCAGGAAGAAUGCAGGUUGGUUUGUAUCUGCUGCUUGUGCUCCACAUUGCUGAAGGCUGCAAACUGAAAGAUAGAAAGUUUGAAGAGAUUACUGCACACAUAGGAGGGUCAGCCCUGCUGCCCUGUUACUGCACUGACCCACAAGCCACACCUGGAAGAUUUACCUGGAAGAAACCUAGAACAAACAUAGACAUAUUGGAAGAGAUGUCCAGUGAAAGGAUUCAGUACAGAGACAGAGUUCAGCUGGUUAAUGGUCACUCUCCAGGAAAUCUCUCUCUACUCAUAUCACUCCUGACUGAAGAGGAUGGAGGAUAUUACAGGUGUGAUUUGGAAAGUCGAUACACAGACAUCAAACUCACAGUUAAAGGCUGCACUCUGACCAACCUUAAGACAACAUUACCUAUCACAGCUCAUACAGGAGGGUCAGUACUGCUGCCCUGCUCCUGCGCUGAGCUACGUGCCAAACCCAAGACAUUCAGCUGGAAUAAAUACAUCAAUCCAAAUUGGGACAUGAUAACCUUUGAAAGUGGUCAGUACAGAGACAGAGUUCAGCUGGUUAAUGGUCACUCUCCAGGAAAUCUCUCUCUACUCAUAUCACACCUGACUGAAGAGGAUGGAGGAGUUUACAGGUGUGAUGCUCUGCCAAGUGGAUACACACUCAUCAGACUCACUGUUAAAGCUAAACCUAUGACUACUACAUCGCACUCAACCAAUCAAGCAACCCCCCAAUCAACCGGGAAGUCUGAUGGAACCAGUACUGUCAUUUCAACAACUUGUCCUUCACAACAAGAUGUAUCCAGUCCAUCAACCAAAGAGUUGAUCAUCUAUGCUACUGUGGGGGGCUUACUGCUGUUAAUGGUACUGAUUGGGGUCAUCUACUGGAGAUACAGAGCUAAAAGACAAGGGCAGAUGGAGGACAGUGAGAGAAAACCAGAAUGGAGAAGAGAUCAGGAGACACAGGAAAUAUCAAGAGAGCAAUGGACCACGCAGCCAACUCCCCAAGCUGAGUGAAGCCGAUGCAGGCGUCGAGACCGUAAACAAAGACGGGGAAGGUGAGGCAGACUAUGGGCUAAGCUAAGGUUUAUCCCGCACCGGACUUUGGUUCCCAGCAUUUUUCUCGCCAAUGUUCAAACAAAAUGGAUGAACUGCGACUCUGAGCUACUACACACAGAUGGAUCAGAGAGUGUGACAUUAUUGUUCUUACGGAGACGUGAUUGAACGGGGAUUUCCCGAGCGGUGCACUGAAGCUGGAGGGAUGCAGUGUGUUCAGUGUGGACAGAGUGGCUGAGGACUCCGAGCACACAGUUGUAUCGUUACCACAGCCUACAUCCCUCCUGAUGCUAAUGCUAAGCUAUCUAUGUACAGCAAUUGACAAACAACAAACUGCACACCCUGAUGGACUUUUUAUUGUUGCUGGGGACUUCAAUCACUCUAAUUUGCAAUCUGUGCUGCCAAAAUUCCACCAGAAUGUUUCCUACUUGACCAAAGGAGACCAAACUCUAGAUCAUGUCUACACAAACAUUGCAGAUUCAUAUAAGGCUGCCCCCCUUCCCCACCUGGGUCAGUCUGAUCACAUCAUUGUUUCUGCUCCCACUCAGCAAACAUGUGAAAACAUCUACAAAGACUGUUAAAGUGUGGCCAGAAGGGGCCGUCUCCUCUCUACAGCAUCAGUUUCAGAACAGUGAUUGGACUAUGUUCUGCCCUGAAGGCCCUACAGACUCUCACAUGGACUUGGACGCAUACACCUCAGCUGUAAUGAGUUAUAUCAACUCAUGUAUUGACAAUGUCACCUCUGUCAAGCAGCUAAAAAAUCUUUCCAAAUCAGAAACCUUGGAUGAAUGCUGAGGUUCGGCUACUUCUGAAGGCACACGACGCUGCUUUCAGAUCUGGUGAUGCAGAGGCUUACAGCUCAGCCAAGGCAGUCCUGAAGAAGGACAUUAGGAAAGCCUAACAUGCCUUCAAACUCUCUGUUGAAGAGAACUUCCACAACUCCAACCCCCACCGCAUGUGGAAGGACAUCCAGACUUUGACGGACCAUAAACCACCCCCACUGACCCCCCUCCAGCCAGCAGUGCCUCUCUCUCAGACCUGCUUAAUUCAUUAUUAAUAUUAUUAAUAAUGAUGAUUAAUAACUGGUUCUACACUCGUGUCGAUCAGGGCAUUUCUGAAGACAACACAUAGGGUCUACUACCUCACAACGUCACCCCCCCACACUCUCUCCAGCGGAGGCAUGUUCAGUACUGACCAGAGUAAAUGCAUGUAAAGCUGCCGGCCCAGAUGGCAUGACAAGCGUAGUGCAAUUAAACAGAUCAGCGUUAUGUUCAUCAGACCACAAAGCAGCACAAAGCAAGUAGUGUUUGUGUGUGUGUGUUUGUGUGUGUGUGUGUGUGUGUGUGUGUGUGCGUGUGAGUGAGUGAAAAGCGAGCGAUAGAUAAGAUGUGAGUAGAGGGGAGAGAGAGUACAAGACAAAAAAAUAGAGGCUGAUAGACAGACAGUAUAUGCUGUAUUUGGUUUACCAAGUCAGUAGCUGUAUGCAGCAUGUCUUUUACAGUGUCUACCUCAUUAUACUCAGCAGUCUUCAGUGACCUCUUUCACAAGUGUUCUGCAAAAAAAGGUAGGACACUGUCACUGGGGCAGUACCCUUCUUGUCACUGGGGUGGGACCCUCAGGGGUACAUCUCUGUACCUUUAGUCAGGGAACAUAACUGUACCAGA